CAUCAAAGAAAUGGACCAAGAUGGUGAUGGGAAACUGUCAGAGGCAGAGAGGAUAUCACAUUUGAUCUACUGCUGAGAUGACUUUACAAUUCCAAGAUUUAUUUUGGGGAGUGGAUUUCAUCAGUAAUGUGGGAUAUGAGGCUCUCAUCCAGAGACUCUGUGAGGGUCGACGGAUGUGCAAAGACAUGGAGGAGCUCUUGAAGAUGAGGGCAUCUGCUGAAGAGAGAUAUGGCAAGGAGUUAGUGAUGAUUGCACGCAAGGCAGGGGGUCUCUGUGAGAUCAGCACUUUGAGAGCAUCCAUUGACCAACUCAAAGUCCAAAUUGAGAACAUUGGGAACCUACACAUACAGCUCUCUGGGAUGUUAAAGGAAGAGGUCAAGAGGAUGGAACAGUUCAGGGAUCGACAGAAAGAGCAGAGAAAAAAGUUUGAAGGCGUCAUGGACAAGGUUCAGAAGAUAAAGGUGUCUUUAUACAAGAAAACAAUGGAGUCUAAAAGGUCCUAUGACCAAAGGUGCAGAGAGGCAGAUGAGGCAGAGCAAGCUGCUGAGAGGAUGAGCAGUGCAGCCACCACCACACCCAAGCAGGCUGAAAGGAUGCACAACAAGUCUAAGCAGUGCAGAGAGGCAGCAGGAGAGGCAGAAAAACAAUACAUGUCAAUCAUUGAACAGCUAGACAAGAUUCGCCAAGAAUGGGAAACCACACAUGAGAGCACAUGUGAGGUCUUUCAGCAGCAGGAGGGAGAUCGUAUCAACAUCCUAAGGAAUGCCAUCUGGGUCCACUGUAACCAAUUCUCAAUGCAAUGUGUCAAAGAUGAUGAGUGUUUUGAGGAUGUGAGGAAAACUCUAGAACUGUGUGACAUCACGGUAGACAACAACUGCUUUGUUGAGAUGAAAAGCACUGGCUCAAGUCCACCAGCUCCCAUUGUGUUUGAGAACUACUAUGAGAGGGAGCCCUCGACAGACACCAAUGGCAGUGCCCGCUUUGUAGGAGGUGUUAUGAAGAGGUUUUCAAACCUUUUGCAAGGCAACUCCUCGACUGGCUCCAAAAUUAACGUCAAUGACUGUUCACAGCCAUUAGCCCCACCUACUGCCGACACAUCAGAUGGAGUGUACGCCUCCAUUCCUGGAUUUCAGCCAGUUGAGCCAACCAUCUCAGAGAGCAGAGAGAAGUACCAGGCGCUAUAUGACUAUGAGGCUCAGAGUGCGGGUGAGCUGUCCAUGUCUGGAGGGGAGAUGGUGGUGGUCAUUGAGCAGGGUGUGGAUGGCUGGUGGACUGUGGAGAGGAACGGCCUAUCAGGACUGGUCCCUGGAUCCUAUCUGGCCAAAUAAUGAGCUCCUCUUGGCACAAGUAGUAAGGCUGGAAGGCCCAUAGCAUAGCCCUACCCUGCAUAUGUCUUAGUUUGACUAUUUCCUCUAAGCCUAACAGUGCUGAUAAUGUUAGCUCAGUCUUGGCUAUACUGUAUGUGUUGUUGAGUGACCUCACUGACCUGAGACCAUGGCUUUAUCUAAUGAUGGAGAUUAUUAACUUAUUUGUUGUCAAGAUGGAAAGAGAUGUGCACUUACCUGUUUUACUUUCCUCUCAAGUCAACAGGCAAUACAGUUUGUUGUUGAACAAUCCUACUGUAGCCAGGACAGCUGCAAAAUAAAGCACUCUAGUUUUUACAUUUGGUUGAGUUGUCAACUAAGG